GCCAGACGCAGGUAGACGUUAGCGGAUAGUGAAGAGGUCGCAGGAAAAGCCUCAGCGAAGGGCAUGAGGAGGGAGAAAGCGCCUCUGCUGCUUGGUUGCGUGUCCAAGUCCUUUAGUAGUAGCUGCGUGAGUGGGGAUGGUGGUCAGGAGCCCGCCUCUGUGUGACCUUGGAGCAGUAGCUUCACGUCUCUGAGCUCCGUUUCCUGAUCUAUAAUGCCGGGCCGCUCAGAACCUUAAAGGUUUUUUUUUUCUAGAAGGUUCGGUUAGCUAAGGAAAGGAAAGCUUUAUAAUUUGGGCUCUGUGCCAAACUAGGAGUGGGAAGUCACCAGAGCAAAAGCCCUGCCUUCCAAUGACAGGAGACCAGACAGUAAACAAAUAAAGUCUACAGUAGAUCAUCAUUCAAGGCCAAGAAGAGAAAAAUAACCACUUCAUGACUGGACAAUCAAGAAUUAUGAGAACAUCGCGUUAACCAGUAAUUGCUAUCGACUCUGAUUCUGCUACGUAGAGCUUCCACUGGGCUGCUGGGCGAGCUGGCACGGCCACCUCAGCAGUGCUGACCUUUGGCUCCAUCAUAUGAGUGGACGCACCAGGCCAUCUCACAAAGUUAGUGGCUCACAGAGCAGUUACAGCCUCUAGAACCAUGGGGACCAACCUGCGCAGUCAGUCCUUUCGAGAACCCCGGUCCUGCUACGGGAAGCUCCGUGAGUCCCAGGGGAGGUCCCUGGAGGGCCGACUCCACCGGGCACUGAGCCUCAGAAAGGGCCUUGAGAAGUCCAGGUCGCAGGGCCUUGCGAGCACAGAAGGGCCGGAGGUCCCUGUUCAGGAGCGGCUGCCAGGGACCCUGGGAGACACAGAGCAGCUGAUCCAAACCCAGAGAGAAGGCAGCCAGCGGUGGUUGAGGCAAUACCAACAGGUGAGGAGAAAGUGGAAGAGCUUUGUCGCCAGCUUCCCUAGUGUGACCCUUCAUCGGCCAGCCUCCCCAGAGACCUCGUUGGACACUGACAGCUUAGAACUGCUCCCUUGCUCCACCAGCAGUACUCCUGCGUCUCUCGUCUCUCCAUCUGCUUCUUCAUGAUGACUCUUCUGUACUCUGAACCCUUCCAGCCUUUGUCCUGUGACCCGCGGAGGCCUCUGUCACUAGGUUAUUCAAAGCCCUGUGUGGCUGCCCUUCUUGGUUCUGGCAGCUAGCUCUUAGCAAGGACCUCCAUAGGCCUGAGGAGAAGGCACUUAGCUCCCUGCCUUCUGGACUGGCAUGUAUGAAGGUCUUAGGGACCUAUGCUGAAAUGAGAACGUCAACAACACUCUUGACCCCACACAGACCAGCCGUUUCUAGGACAGUGUUCAGUGAAGCCAAAGCCAAACGCAGCUGAGAAUUUCUUGAAUAUCGCCUGGUCACAUGGCUAAGCUCUACCUUGGGUCUCCCUCACAGACAGUGAGCCUUCAGAGGCUAGGACCGUGUCUGGACUGCCCUCACUCUGGGUGCUAUGCCUGAGAAGCCCAAUCAUGCAUAUUGCCUCUUUAGACCUCAUUUUAUCCUGAUGAAGGAAGCAGGGAAGUCCUCCCUCCCUGUGUGACAGAGGGGAACUGAGGCCCAGGGAAGGAAAGAGACCUUCUGCCUCCACACACACAGUACCUGACACUGGGCUUGAACACGUUAAUAAAACCACUGAGCUGAAGGAAA